ACGGCCGACACCUCUGCAAAAGAAGACGCGGAAAAAUGGGCCGACACGAGGAAAUAGUCAAAGAAAUAUCCCGCGUAGUCAGCCAAUUCCACAAACUAAAUCAACCAUACCGCAUCUUCCACGGCUCAACAAACAGCACUCGACCCCGACCAGGAAGCAAACAAAAUUUCGUCGACAUCAGCGCCCUCAACAAUGUUCUACGUGUUGAUCGCGGCACCAAAACCGCCGCUGUUGAACCCAAUGUGCCCAUGGACAGACUCGUCGAGGCUACCUUGAAACAUGGCCUUGUACCGCCUGUAGUCAUGGAGUUCCCCGGUAUCACUGCCGGUGGAGGGUACGCGGGCACAAGCGGCGAAUCAAGUUCCUUUCGACAUGGGUUUUUUGAUCGAACUAUUAAUUCUGUGGAAAUGGUUCUUGCGAAUGGCGAAGUUGUCAAGACUAGCACCGCCGAAAAGCAAGAUCUAUUUCGUGGCGCGGCUGGCGCAGUGGGAAGUCUCGGAAUCACCACGCUGAUUGAAUUGAACCUCGUCGAAGCCAAGAAAUUUGUCAAAGUGACCUACGAGCGGGCACCGAGUAUUAAAGCUGCCAUUGAAGCUUUGGAAAGGGAUAGCGCUGACCCGAAAACGGCGCCGUUUGAGUAUAUCGAUGGCAUUCAGUUCUCCCCGGACCACGGCGUGGUUAUCAAAGGUGAGUUAACAGACGAGUUACCGGCCAGCACCAAACCGCAGACAUUUAGUAAUCCCUGGGAUCCAUGGUUUUAUCUGCAUGUUCAAGAAAUUACAGAAACGCAACAAGUCGUCACCGAAUACGUCCCAUUGGCCGAGUACCUGUUUCGCUAUGAUCGCGGCGGAUUCUGGGUCGGCGCAUCCGCGUUUAAAUAUUUCCGAUUUGUGCCUUUCAAUAAAUUUACGCGCUGGUUUUUGGAUGACUUUUUGCAUACCCGCAUGCUCUACAAAGCGUUACAUGCAAGCGGUGAAUCGAGUCGCUAUAUUGUCCAGGAUUUGGCGCUUCCUUACGAAACAGCGGAAGAAUUCAUCGACUAUACGACCAAGACAUUCGACAUUUGGCCUCUGUGGUACUGCCCCUUGAAGCAAUCGCCCACUCCGACUAUGCACCCACACAACACCCAAACCAAAUAUACAGGCCGUCUACUGAAUAUCGGACUAUGGGGGUUCGGCCCAUCGAAUUCAGCCGAGUUCAUCGCUAAAAACCGCGAUCUAGAACAUAAACUCAACGACCUAGGAGGCAUGAAAUGGCUAUAUGCGCAUACAUACUACCCCGAAAACGAAUUUUGGAAACGCUUUGAUCGCGAAUGGUAUGAGAAAUUGCGAGAAAAGUACUCUGCAACGGGUUUACCGAGUGUAUGGCACAAGGUUAAAGUUGUGACUGCAAGCGAUAAAAACACCGAUAAAUCGUGGCUUCAGAAUUUGGUGGGUUAUUGGCCCAUUGGUGGGUUUUGGGGGAUUUGGAAGUCGAUUGCAUCCAAAGAGUAUUUGAAGCAUAGGAAUGCGACGUGGAGGGUGUCUGCCCAAUUGCCCCGCAAUUUAUGUCCCAAUGUCGGCGUAAUUGGAUUACGGCUUUCGCGAUUCAUCAUGGUCGAAAGCGUGUUAGACGACAUCUCCCAUCGGAGAUUCAAUCCUCUCCGUGGCUCCAACAUUCUCGUUUCUCCUCAUCGGACAAAGAGACCAUGGCAAGGACAGGAGGAAUCACCAUCAAAAACUACCCUGCCAGCAUACGACCCUAAAUGUUACCUUUGUCCUGGAAAUACUCGUGCACAGGGGGAUGUUAAUCCACAGUACAAAAACACCUUUGCCUUUGUCAAUGAUUAUAGCGCCGUAAAAGAGGACCAAGCUGAUUACAAGCCUGAAGAGAAGGGCGCAGAAUCAUUCUUUCUCCGCGCCGAGCCUGUCGUCGGUAAAUGCUACGUCCUCACCUUCUCAGCAGCACACAACCAAACCCUCGCCGAUCUGUCGGCUGCAGAAAUCGUACCUGUAAUUGACGCCUGGACGGAAAUCUAUACAUCGCAUUUAUCCCCCAAAAACCCCUUGGCGGCUGUUGCGGCGGCGACACACUUACCUCCCAAUGCGCCGACUGCAUCACUCACCACACCCAAGUCGCAAUAUCGAUAUAUGCAAAUCUUUGAGAAUAAAGGUGCUGCCAUGGGAUGCUCGAAUCCGCAUCCGCACGGUCAGGUGUGGACGACUAGUUCUCUGCCUGACGAACCGGCCAUUGAACUGGAGCAAUUGAAAAAGUACCGCGCAGAACACGGCGGUAAGCAUUUGCUAGGUGACUACGUCGCCCUUGAAAUUCAAAAACAAGAGCGUAUCGUCUUUGAGAAUGACGGAUUCGUCGUUCUCUGUCCCUGGUGGGCUACAUGGCCAUUUGAGACUAUGAUUAUCUCCAAAACACACAAACGCGCGCUUGUCGAUCUCAACGCAGACGAAAAGGCGCAAUUGGCCGAAGCACUUGCGGAGAUUACGCGACGAUACGACAACUUGUUUGAGACGCAUUUUCCGUAUAGCAUGGGUAUUCAUCAGGCGCCGCUUGAGGGUACGGAUGAGGAGAUUGGGGCAUCGUGGUUGCAUUUGCAUUUUUAUCCGCCUUUGUUGAGGAGUGCCACUGUCAGAAAGUUUCUAGUUGGGUAUGAGAUGAUGGCUGAGCCUCAGCGUGAUAUCACCCCUGAACAGGCCACGACUAGACUGCGGGCUUGUGGUGGUGAGUUGUACAGAAAAAGACUGUAGAUACUAUUAUAAUACAUAACUAUUGCGUACAUCACACAUUCUCCAUACAUCUGUCUUCAUGUCUCCCAAUCUGCAAUGAAUUAAGAAAGAUAAUACCCCCUCUGCGAACCCAUCCAUACCAACGCACUCGACGCAAACACCAAUGGAAACACAAACCUCCCCCUCACCUGCGCCGACCCAUAAACAACCACUUCCGUCAAAAAGUGUCCCAGCGCAAUACCAUAAGUCCAAAACGCCAUAUCGUAAGCCACGGGAUUGUGAA